AUGACUCGUAAGCGAAGGAAUCAUGGUAGGUCGAAGAAAGGCCGAGGUCAUGUUGGCUUCAUACGUUGUACAAAUUGUGGUCGAGCAUGUCCUAAAGAUAAAUCUGUAUGGAAACUAGUGACACGAAGUAUGGUAGAAGCCGCCGCCGUUAAAGAUUUGGAAGACGCGUCGGUGUAUGGCAAAAACUACGCCGUUCCCAAAUUGUACGUCAAACUUCAAUACUGUAUCAGUUGUGCCAUCCACAGUAAAGUUCUUCGAAAUCGUAGUCGGGAAUCAAGGCGUCUCAGAAGGAUUAUAGUUAAACCUCGGGUUAAGUUCACACGCCCUAUUGCUCCAAGGGCAUGA